AUGAAUCGUAAAAGAAGUAGUGUUUGGAAUCAUUUUAGUAUAAAAUCAAAUACGAUAGCUAAAUGUGGUUAUUGUCCCCAAGAAGUUAGCUAUAGUGGAGGAUCUACAGGAAAUUUAAUAAGGCACCUGAAGACCAAACAUAUUGGUGUACAUUUAAAUAGACAGUUGAGGGAGCAAAGAGACAACUUUGUACUAGCUCAAGAAAAUGAAGAUGAUCCUAUUGCUGUCACUCCGUCAAAUGCCGAGAACGCUAAGAACAUUGACGAUGUACCUUCUUCGAGUAACGUUAAAAAUCAACCAACUCUUUUAAAUUAUAUUUCCUCGGUGGCCACUCAAAGAACAGCUACAGUGAGUUCUGCUUCAAGUAUGCCAGUUGUAAGUACAGUCACAUCAUUAUCAAGUCAAACAUCUAUGUCAAGUUACAUAAUAGCAAGUAAGCCAAUUUCCAUUUCUAAAUCUAAAGCUAUCGACCAACAAAUUACUCGUUUCAUUGUUAAGCAUUUCCAUCCUUUUUCUCUUGUUGAACAAGUCGAGUUUCGAAAGUUAAUAAAAAUGCUUGUGCCAAAUUAUACAGUUCCAACAAGAAAAACUGUUGCAAAUAGCUUGUUGAUGCAAAUGUAUGAAAGUGUGUAUCAAAAAGUGAAAUUAGAUGUACAAAAUGUUUCAGCUGUGAGUAUCACAACAGACGCCUGGACAUCUACUAACAAUCAAAGUUUCAUGUCAGUUACAGUACACUUUAUAAAUUCAGAUACACAAUUAUGUUCUCGUUUAUUAGGUUGUUUUUCUUUUACCGAGAGACAUACUUCUGACGAGUUGAGUAAAUUUCUCUUGAGCGUGGUGAAUGAUUGGGGGUUGGAAAAUAUGGUAGCUGCUGCUGUUACAGAUAAUGCAGCAAAUAUCAAGUCAGCAAUUAAAAAUAAUGGUUGGAGACAUAUCUCUUGUUUUGCCCAUGUCUUGAAUAUUGCUGUACAAAAAGGUUUAGAAUCAGUUCAUCCUAUAAUAGCAAAGGUCAAAGGUAUUGUUGAAUAUUUUAAACGAAGUACUUUAGCUCAAAAAUCUUCAACAACAAAUGGGAUGCGAACAACUUAA